UCAGCAAAUAGGGAAAUGGAGAGGAAAAGGGGCCUCGGCGAUACCUUGGUAUACUGCAGUUAUUAGCGCUCAGUUGGUUUGAUUUGCCGAAUGGACGUUUUCAUGGUGGAGUAAAUGCUCGUUUCCAGACGCCAUGGAGUCCCAUGAGGAAAAGCCCAUCAUUUAUACGAUGGAGAAUAAACCCAUAGUGACAUGUGCUGGGGACCAAAACCUCUUAACUGCUCUUUAUAGCCUGCUGGCACAGCAGCUUCCCCGGGAGCCUAUGGAGUGGAGAAGGUCUUACGGGCGCGCGCCGAAGAUGAUCCACCUAGAAGCCAACUUUGUCCAGUUCAAAGAGGAGCUGCUUCCUAAAGAGGGAAACAAGGCUCUCCUCACGUUCCCUUUCCUGCACAUCUACUGGACUGACUGCUGUGACACAGAGACGUAUAAGACCUCAGUGAAGGAGGACAUGCAGCGGUGGCAGAGCGUGCUGAAGCUGCACGGCUCAGCCGACUGGCUCAUCGUAGUGGUGGAAAGUGAUGGCAAGAAGAAGAACAAGACCAACAUCCUGCCACGCACCUCCAUCAUGGACAAGAUCCGCAACGACUUCUGCAACAAGCAGAGCGACAGGUGUGUUGCUCUGUCGGAUCCCCUGAAGGAGUCAUCACGCUCUCAGGAGUCGUGGAACUCGUUCCUGACGAAGCUGCGCACUCUGCUUCUCAUGUCCUUCACCAAGAACCUGGGUCGCUUCGAGGAUGACAUGCGCACGCUGCGAGAGAAACGCACCGAGCCUGGCUGGAGCUUCUGCGACUACUUCAUGGUUCAGGAAGAGCUGGCAUUUGUGUUUGAGAUGCUUCAGCAGUAUGAAGAUGCGCUGGUCCAGUAUGACGAGUUGGACGCUCUGUUCACUCAGUAUGUGCUUAACUUUGGCGCUGGAGAUGGAGCCAACUGGCUGGGCUCGUUUUGCCAGCCGGUGCGGAACUGGAACGGUCUGCUCCUGCGCAGACCAAUAGAUAUGGAGAAGAGAGAGCUAAUCCAGCGCAGCGAGGCUAGCCUGCUAGACCUGCGCAGCUACUUGUUCUCUCGCCAGUGCACACUCCUUAUCUUCCUGCAGAGGCCCUGGGAGGUCACACAGAGAGCCCUGGAGCUACUUCACAACUGUGUCCAGGAGCUCCGUUUGCUUGAGGUGUCGGUUCUCCAGGGGGCUCUGGACUGUUGGGUCUUCCUCAGCUGUCUGGAGGUCCUGCACAGAAUUGAGGGCUGUUGUGAUCGCACCCAGCUGGAGGCCAACUUCUCCCACACUGUGGGCCUCUGGACUUACGCUACUGAGAAGCUGAAGUCUCUGGGCUGUUUGUGUGGUUUGGUGUCGGAGAAUGGGCCUAACUCGGAGGAGCUGAACCGCACCGUUGACCUGCUCGCAGGCCUCGGCACAGAGAGACCAGAGACAGCAAACAGUCUUCAGAGCCCAUAUAAAAAACUUAAAGAAGCCUUAUCGUCGGUGGAAGCUUUUGAAAAACACUAUCUGGAGUUGUCCCAUGCUGCUCUGGAGAUGUACAGAGCUAUUGGGAGGCUGCGGUCAGCUCGACUUGUGGGAAAGAGCCUGGCUGAGUUCUAUAUGAGGAAAGGUGAUGCCCAGACAGCAAAGACUUUUCUGCAGGACUCUUUGAAGUCAUAUACAGUGGAAGGCUGGAGCCGGCCGCUCACUCACACACGCAAGCAAAUUGCAGAGUGUCAGAAACAGCUGCAGCAGACGGAGGACUACUUGCAGACAAGCGCUCUGCUAGGUAGCGAUACGAACCUGACAGAUGAUGAGAGAAAGCACUUCUGCCAGGAGAUCCUCACCUUUGCAAACAAGGCUCCAGAGGGAAAAGACCAGCGAGUGGCCCUGAGCAUGACUGCAUUUGCUCAGCUGCGAGAGCUGCAGUUUCAUCCAGCAUCCACGACAGUGCAUGUCGGUGCAUCCCUGCAGUUGGAGCUUCGUCUGUGCAGCCUCAUGCCCAUUCCUGUGCAGCUGGAACAGCUGGCAGCCAGUGUCCACUUUACAGGGGAACAACCAGGCAUGCGUUCUGGUCCUACAGGCACCCAGCGGCGCCCCGGUCUCAGUCCAGAUAGCACCAUCUCUUUCCCUGCUGUGAGUCCUUCUGGCGGGGCGUUGCCAGGAACGGGCAUGCCUGCUCUGGAGCUUUAUGAAAUACAGGACCGUAGUCCCUCCGACAACAUGCUCAACUCCACUGGUGUUGUCUGUAAAAACACGCACAUGCUGAUGCGUGGCACUGAUUGCUCCUCCCCCUUGGACGUGCAUAGCACUGUAGGCCCCACCUUUACCAUGGAGGACGGAACACAGGUGCUGAAGACCAACAAUGUAACUUUGUUGCCAGGCAACAACAGCAUCAUCUUCAAGGCGCUGACCACAAAGCCAGGCACCUACACUCUGCGACAGUUGUGUGCUACAGUGGGUCGUGUGCAGUUUGUGCUGCCUCACAUUUAUCCCAUAGUGAAAUAUGAGGUCUACUCCCAGGAGCCUCAGCUGACAAUCGAGCCCCUCACAGAGAGCCUGCUGGCUGGGCUUCCUCAGAGGGUGAAGUUUACCAUUCUAACAGGCCACUAUGAAGUUAAGAAGGGUGAUGCUUUGCAGCUGAGUAACACCGACUCAAUGCCUAUCCUGCACUCCUCAUCCUGCUCUGCCCGCAUUCUCUCUGGCACUGGAGAGCUUGUAGGAGAGGCUGCUCUGUCCAUCCAGGCUUCAGAUAAAGUGACGAGCAUCUCUCUGCCUCCAGCUCCACCCUACCACACACUGGAAUUCCAGCUAGAGGUACUAUGCCAUAUCCCAUUAUCACCAGCACGGGUCGAAAGCGAGCGCCUCACCAACGGCGAGAUCAAUCACCGGCCAAAGAGCCGCACGCGCUUCAACAGCGGCAUGGCUUGCAUCGACCAGAAGGUGUCCAUUGACUGUCCCUGGUCUAUAUAUUCCAUUCUCAUAUCCCUCACCUUCUACACCCCCUUCAGAGCCAAACACUCAUUACUGUCAGCAGGGAAAAGGAAGUACAUCCAGGUGUGCCUUGAAAACGUAUCGAACACAAACUUCCGUCUUGCCAACCAGACACUGUCAGAGCAUCAGCACACACCUUUACUGGAGCUCCUCUCUCUCAAUGCUAAAACACACCAGGUGGUGUACAGUAAGCAGUGCGUGUACAGUCUGUGGGAGGUGAAGUGGACCACGGAGCCGCUGCCGUGUCUGCAGUGUGUUUUUUCUGCUAGCUUUUCUCCUGCCGAAGAGCCAGACGCAGCGCUCAAACCCUACAGCUAUGAAUUCCGGUUGGAGAGAGUCUCGACACUGUACAGCAUGAAGGCCGACAUUCAGCCUGCGGUGGAGGAGCAGCACUGUCGUGCCGGCACCCUCUGUCGGCUAGAAGUAUCAGUCACCCGUCUGAUAGAGUCGAGUGAUGCAGAGGGAGAGGACGAGGAGUUAACGGAGAACGAAGGCCUCCGCACAACCAAGCUCAUGUAUGAGGUGGUGGAUAACAGCAGUAACUGGGCUGUGUGUGGAAAGAGUUCAGGGUUGGUGUCCAUGCCCAUGGCUGCCAUGGCAACACACAAAGUCCAGAUGGAGGUCAUGCCUCUGUUUGCAGGCAAGCUGCCCUUCCCCAGCAUCAGAGUGUUCAAGUACCUGCCCCACAGUGCACAACCCACAAGCCAGCCUGACACAGAUUCGUGCCUAGAGAACGACAACCUCUCUCUUCUGGAUAAGGGUCUGGAGGAGCAGGGAGACACGGCUAGUCUGCGAAGCCGGGGAAGCAUUCACUCUGUGGGCAGCAACGAGCAGCAGCAGCAGAGGGCUCUUCCUAUGCCCCGGCUUGAGCCCUUCAGCCCGGGCCAAGUGUUCAACUCCAGCCAGACACAACAGGUCCUGGUGCUCCCCAGCACAGAUGACCAUGUGCUUGAGGUCAAUGUCACAUGACAUCCAUGUAAGGCCCCGCCCCGCCUGGUCCUGGACCCUGCUUUCUGUGAUCUCAAUGGACAGGAGAUGUGGGACAAGGUGGGCUCUGGUGUGGGGUGGUGGAGCAUCCUGAUCUCUGGACUCUAUGGGUGGGCGAUGGGCAUCAGCCGGGCCUGAAUACAGAAACACUAACCAAUGGCUGGAGCCUGAGGAAUCAAUCCAUCUCAUGGUUUUGGUCUCAUUUCUUUAUUGCUUUCUCAUCGACAAAGAUGUGUGAGACUGGGAAGCAUCUCCUGUCACUUUCUCUCUGACUCACUGGGCAGCCAUGGAUUACGCAUCAUCUGUUUCUGCCUCCCCAGUUCAGCUUCCCGCAGGGGAAGUCUUGAAUAUUACCAUUACAGUCACACUAGCCGAGAUCUCUCUAUCUCUCUCUCUCUCUCUCUCUCUCACACACACACGGUGACCUCUGUGUAAGGGUUGGCAGGUAUUGUGAUUUAUUAAUAUGGAAAUACAUAUGUGUAUGCAUUGCAAAAUUUUAUUUUAUUAUUUUUGUUGUAUACUGUCUGACCCCAGGCUCACAUGCAUGUAUUUACUCUGAAACGUGAUGAUGGCAUCUGACAGAGGAGGUGAGAGAGGGAGGUGACAAGUCCUGCUGAUUGUACUGCAUAAGAUCGCACUGCUCGCUUAGGCUGUUUCAUCAAACUUGAUGUUCUGUGUGUGUCCCCACUAAACGGUUUUUAAAGUGCAGUUCUCUUGCCCUGUAUGUACUGUUAGACAUCCAUAUUACUGUGAGAUGGAUCGCUGCACCAGCUCUGUUCAGAGAAGACGCUGACUUCAUGCAAGCAUGAGUCACUAACUCGGGAGUGAGUACUAAAUAACUUAUUCUUUCCUAUGGUUUUGUUUCAAAACAAAACUGUUUAGAAACCAUGUCUGCCUAGUUUUAAAAUGAAAGUUGUUCACCUUGAAGGGAUUAGGAUGACCCCCUCAGAGGAAACGGACUGCAUUUUCUUUACGUUGCGUCCAUCCUUGCAAAUGACAAAACAGCAGACAGCAAGUUAGCGAUGAUGCAGUAAAGUAGCAAAUUACCCAGUAAAUUCUUUGAACCAGUCUGCGACAACAGUAACAACCAGUGCACACCCGAGAGAGAGAGAGAAAGAAACCUGGAGCAAUAGUGGAUAAAUGUGGAGUUCGUGACACCCUCCUGUUUUUCAACCAAAAUACGCAGACGCACCUCGUUGUUAAUUUUGCACAUAGUACAAAGGUAUUGUUUUGCAUCAUAUGGUUUCUUGCUGUGCCAAUCCAAUAUAAUUCUUUGCACAUUUAAGCGACAUCUUACAGCACUGGCGUAUUACACAAACAUUUAAUCCUUUCAGGAGUGAGGGUUGUUUUUUUUUUUCCCCUCAAUCCUAGACUUUGACAUGGUUCCAGAUGACACUAUUACCAAUCAAGCUUUUGUUUACAUGACAUUCCAGUAGUGUGUGUGUGAGAAACACUCCUGUAAUGGGUCAAGCACUUAAAACCAAUUGUCGACUCAGAAUUUCACAAUUCUCUGCACAGAAUGAUGGUGACUCAAUAUUAAAGGACAAAUGGGAUAAAAAGAAUUGAUCCUUGUAUCUUGAGGUUCUGUGUAACUGUUGCAUUUUCUGACCGGCUGAUCGAACACGGAGAUAAGUUAUAAUGCUGAGUGUCGGGGUUUUGUGCACUAACUGUAAUGAAAGGCCUGUGACGGCUGAAGGCCUGAGGCUGUAUUUGUAAUAGCUGUACACACUUUAUAGUGCACUAACAUGGACUAGGUCAGGUAAUUAUCACCAGCGAGUGAUUGGGGGGGGUAGCAUUAAGUUCAAGACUUUUAGCACUUGUUCGUGAGCAACCAAAUGUUUGAAUGAGUUUCUGUGAGCAAAUGUUUAGGAGAGUACAAAUGAAAAAGCAGCAGACUUGUCAUACCUUUGCUUGUAUAUGUAUGCGUUAUUGCGGAUCCUCUGAUUUUCAUGGCUAGCACAGUAUUUAUUCUGUGAAUAAAUCUUUUCCUCUGUCUCAGAUGAAUUGAAUCAAUCGGGGUCAUGUGUUAAACAGUAAGAGUGAUUUGAUCAGUCUUCCCUUUGCUCGUCAUCAUGUGCGUGUGGUCAGAUGGGUGUUAAGAGGCUGAUCUGAGCACUGUUACUUUUACACACAGAAGCCUGUUGGUCUCCCACUACAGCAGAUGGACUGUGGGAUUACAGCAUGCGAAUCAGUGGGUCAGCCAACAAUGUCAAAUUUUCACAAGCUGUUUGUAAAUUAUUCCAUCAGUUGAGCACCACAGAUUGUAUUUAGAUUAAUUAUUUAAAUGAAGAGUAUGUACGCAUUAUAAAAAAAUAUAUGUUUUAAAAAUAA